AUGACACAACAGAGAAACAGAAAUAUACAAGGAAUUAACACAGAAUUUCUCGGGCUCAGGAACGUGCCAGCCAACUACAAGGUCCUGUUCGUUCAAGGAGGAGGAACGGGUCAGUUUGCGGCCGUUCCUCUCAACCUGAUGUCGAGAACGGGCAAGGCAAUUUACAUGGUCACAGGCUCGUGGUCCAGCAAGGCGGCCAAGGAAGCCAGCAAGUACGGCGCCGUGAACCUCGUGUUUCCCAAGCUGGAGAAGUACACGACCAUCCCGGAGAAGUCGACCUGGAAACUCGACCCUGAGGCGGCCUACGUGUACUACUGCGCUAACGAGACUGUCGAAGGCGUCGAGUUCCAGUACGUGCCCGAAGUCCCCCAGGGGGUCCCUCUGGUGUGCGACAUGUCCUCCAACUUCUUCUCGAGGCCUGUGGAUGUGUCCAAGUUCGGCGUGAUCUACGGAGGCGCCCAGAAGAACAUCGGCUGCUCUGGGGUCACCGUGGUCGUCGUGCGGGAGGACCUCCUGGGCUGCCCGCUCCCCGUCUGCCCCGCCGUCCUCGACUACGGAAUCAUGGCCAAGAACAAGUCCCUGUACAACACGCCGCCGACCUUCGCGAUCCACGUGGUGGGCGAGGUCCUGGCGUGGGUGAAGAGGGAAGGCGGCCUGGAGGAGAUGCAAAGACGCUCGAUUGAGAAGAGCAAGAUGCUGUAUGGCGUUAUCGACGAGAGCGCCGGCUUUUAUAACAAUCCUGUGGAUGUGGCUGCCAGGUCCCGGAUGAACGUCGUUUUCCGGGUGGGCGAAGGCGGGAAAGACGACCUCGAGGCGAACUUCAUCUCACAGGCUGCUGCCCAAGGACUUCUUUCUCUCAAGGGACACAGGUCGGUUGGUGGAAUCCGCGCCUCGAUUUACAAUGCUAUCACCAGCGAUGACGUCAGACGCUUGUGCGAAUUCAUGAGGACUUUUCUCAAAGCAAACAAAGUGUGAGACGCAACUCUCGCCAAAAGAAAUCACGAUCUGUCCAGAUUUUAUUAAGAUUUAGUUGUUGAUGGAUUAGAUAAUAUUCGGUAUAAGAUUUUAAAAAAAUAACGUGACCUGUGAUGACAUACUUCGACAGUAAAGAGGGACCACUUAACAUGCCAUCUCCAGUCUUCAUUUCUUCACAAAUAUACAUCGAUGCAUAUUUAUUGUAUUCAGCGACAUGUCUCAUCAGUGUAAGUCAAGUGCAACAUGAGGUUGAACCUUUCUCAACUGUCUAGGCGUUUCUUGUAUAGAAGUACACAUGGUGACGUUCGUUCUGCCAAUGUUUAUAUGUUGUGGAAAUGUUUAUCCGUAAGCAUAUCAGACUAGGCAGACAUUUGUCUUUUAAAAGGAACUAGCGACUUCUAGAUAUUGUUGAUUAACGUUAACCAGACAAUGAUGCAUUCCAGAGCAAUCGCAUAUAUCCACGAAAUUUAUAUUCAGUAUACGGCAUGUUAUACUACUGACUCCAUAUACAGAUAGUAAAAUGAACUGAAAGAA